UCACACUAUUGGCGUUUCCUUUUAUCUGAUUUUUUAUUAGCCAAUAACCAAAAAAACAUGACACUACCAAAUCUAAAGACAAUGAGUUGUAGUAUGUCCCAAUUCUUUAGUACUCAUAUUCUUUGUCUUCAUAGUACAAUAUUUCUAAUCUUGUCUCAAUUUUUUUUUCAUCUUCAAUUCAUAAUCCCAACUAAAAUCAAACUAACCAAACUCUUUGUUUAUCAUAACCUUCACAAAUUCUCAAGUUUGGUAGUUCAACAGUUUCUCAAAGCCCUUCCCACAACAUAUAUAUACCUCUACAUUCCAUCUCCAAAUUCACACACACAAAGAUAAAGUUUUUUUGCCGUUGAAAAAAUAUGCACACAAUGAAAGGGCUAAUGAUGAAGGCAGUUUUACUACUCUCCAUCAUGUCUUUUUACUCUUUUUGCUCGGGUGCUUCGAAUUCGUCGAACAAGAUCGGCGUAAACUACGGUCGACUAGGCAACAACUUGCCAUCGCCGUUCGAAUCGAUCCAACUCCUCCUCUCCAUGAAAGCCGGCCAUGUAAAGCUCUACGACGCCGACCCGGAAGUCCUGAAGCUCCUGUCCGACACGGACCUCCACGUCACCAUCAUGGUCACCAAUCAAGAAAUCUCGAUGAUCGCCUCCAACGAAUCACACGCCGACGCGUGGAUCGACGACAACGUCCUCGCCCACUACCCGAGCACCAAGAUCCGGUUCAUUCUAGUGGGCAACGAGGUUUUCAGCUACAACGACCGACAGUUGUGGCUCGAUUUAGUGCCCGCCAUGCGGAGGAUCAAGAGGUCACUCAACAAGCACCAGAUCCACAACAUCAAAGUCGGGACCCCCCUCGCCAUGGACGCGUUGGAAUCGACAUUCCCGCCUUCGAGCGCGCGAUUCCGGUCCAGCAUUCCGGCAGAGGUGAUUGUGCCGUUGAUGAGAUUCUUGAAUUCGACCAAGUCUUUUUUCUUCGUGGAUGUCUACACCUACUUCCCUUGGUCCGUUAAUCCCACGAACACGAGCCUUGAUUAUGCGCUCAUGAAGAGUGGGAUUAACGAGACGUAUAAGGACCCUGUAAGUGGUCUUACAUACACAAACCUUCUCGACCAAAUGUUGGAUUCGGUCCACUUCGCCAUGCAGAAACUCGGGUUCAAUAAUGUUAGGGUUGCUAUAGCGGAAACAGGGUGGCCCCACGAUGGGGACUUUGAUGAACCGGGUGCAAAUGCAUACAAUGCGGCUACUUAUGUAUCUAAUCUUGUGGCGAAAGUGACAUCGGAUCCGCCAAUUGGGACUCCGGCUAAACCCGGAAUCGAGAUUCCAACCUUUGUUUUCUCUUUAUACGACGAAAAUCAGAAGCCGGGGCCCGGAACGGAAAGGCAUUGGGGCCUACUCAGUAACACUGGAAGCCCAAUUUACGAGGUGGACUUAACCGGGACAAGCCACGAAAACAACACAAAGUUAUCAGAGCCAUCGAACAACGGGCCUUACAAUGGGAAGAUAUGGUGUGUGGUGGCAAGCACGGCCAGCCCGGACGAUUUGGGGCCCGCAUUGGAAUUUGCGUGCAGACAGGGGAACGGCACUUGCGACCAGCUGGCACCCGGUAAAGAGUGCUACGAGCCUAUAUCUAUUGUUUCACACGCAAGCUAUGCAUUCAGCUCUUUCUGGGCUCAGUUUAGAAGUGCCGGUGCAUCUUGCUACUUCGGCGGCCUUGCGGUUCAAACCAUUACGGACCCCGGUCAUGGUUCAUGCGAGUUCCCAAGUGUGUUGCUCUGAAUGUGGUUCAUUGGCGAUUUGGAUGUGCUUCGAUUAUGAUCGUUCUAUUUAAUGUUUGUUUGUCUUCUUUUUUUUUUUUGCUAAUGCACAUGUAGCCUAUUGGCAUAUGCUUCAAAUAAUUUGAUAUCACAAAAUGUGGGUUCGAUU